AUGUCGUACCAACGCGGUGCAGGCUAUGGUAAGUCGCUCGCUCCCGCUCACUGGCCCACCUGCUCGGGUCCGAAGCCGAGUGAUCCGUCCACCUUGGCCUCGCUCGAAACGGCACGCACUUGCCCUACAACUCACUGACGAUCCAGUUAUAUUGCGCACUCUCCCGGACUGUGUCUCUUCCUUUUCAGGAGAUGGCGCGCUACAACAGCCGUCACGCUCCCCUCCGUCGUCCUCAUUGGUGGUGUCACCGUCCGCUUCAUCCGGGAACGAGAACGGAGACGGUCCGGUCCACAGCCACAGCCACAGCCAUGGCCACGCAUCCACCUCCCCACCCGAGAUCCCAGAUCGUUCGCACCGUCGAGCAGCAUCCAUUUCCAGACGCACAUCCUAUUCAAGACCGCCAGGGUCCUCUUCCCACCUCCAGCCUUCAACGUCGGCGCUGUCUGCGUCCCCUGAGGCGCCUUCGACGUUGAGGCGCAUGCCCAAGUCGGCCGUGUACAAUGAUCUGGCUUCGACCGCGCGUGGAUCGUCGGGCGACCCGCCUCAGACAAGCUAUUCAACCGCUUCGUCACAGUUCUCCACGCCCAAAUUCGGUGCGCCAAGGGAGUACCAACCCGACUCUCCGCUUACACCUACCAUGGCCUCGCAAACCUUGCCAAGUGGGGCCUCUGGCGCCUCGCACAGAGACCGAGACCGAACACCAUUCGCGACUCCGGAUCGCUCAAUAUACGCAAACCCUUCCGCCUCAACAGACAUAUCAGCAAUUUCUCGAUCGCGAGAAGCCUCGGUAUCUUCGGACUCCUCCCUGAAAACCGGAACGACGCCGAAACCACUGCACGAGCCUCCAAUCCUUAUGCCGAGUAGCAUUCUCAAGACGGCCGGCUCUAGAUCCCACCUAUCUUAUCCAACCGUCCAUUCGAGCGGGUCAAGCGUCGUCUCGGAGUCCUACGACAACAAGAGUGACACCGACUCGGCCGAAUCCUAUGGGUGGUCCGGUCUCGACGAUUCGACGCUGCAGCACGAACCGACAAAGUCGCCCUUGUUCGGCGAGGAGGCGAGUGGAAGCGGCUAUACUAACUCGGUGCUGAUGAGAGGGGUGACCACAGCCCGUCUGAGAACGCCAUCUCCUCCGGCAUCUCGAAGCGGUAUGCGUCGUACUAGGAGCAUCUCGAAGUCGGAUGCCGUCGAUGGGGAUCCGGCGGCGUGGUGGACGUCACCUGGGUCCGGCAAAAGGUCGAGCUUGAUGAGUCUCAAAGCCACCGACCUCGGAACAGUCAGAGCCGAGACUCCUGCAGCUGUGCCGGAGGAAAUUGAAAUUGGUCAAACUUUGAACUCCUUCGGGAUUGCAUACAUACCUCCCGAAAAUAGUGAGUCCCCGUGACCUGACGGGAGAGGCCUGACGCAAGGCUGAUAGCUGUGCUUCAAACCAAACUAUAGUCAAUUCCGGAGCGAGGCUAUCGACUUACGAGCCCCAACGGCCGUCCAGUGCUCGAUCGCGCGCCACGACUCCGGAUUAUCUGAGGGAACAAUCCCCUUCACGGCCGAGCGAGUCUGCCGCAGUUCCCGAGCAAGCCGCGGCUUGUGUACAAGAUUCCUCCCCGCUCUCCGACCCCAGUCUUGCGCCACCUUUCGUCGAGCGACCACAAGUGACCACAAGGCAACAGCCGCUAAGCUCGAAUCGGUCGGUAGAGCGCCCAGCACUGCUUGGGCCGAAGUCUUCCUCGUCCGGCUCGGACGAAUUGGUGAUCCCACCCAAGUCCCCAAACCGCCAGCCCUGUCCCUCGCUUCAACGAGACGCUUCGAGCCAGUCUCUCAGCGAAUCCGUGGGUGUGCUCUCACUCGCGUCUCCGACCACCUCGACGAUGGUCGAUACGAGUCCUCAAGUCGGCGGCAGCCCCAAUUCUCAGGCGGUCUUCGCGGAACGCAAAGCCAAAAGGCAGGUGUCUGCACCCGCACCUAGACCACAGAAGAGCCGACAUCGCGCCUCUGCCAGUCUGGUGGGCAAGCACAAAUUCGAUCACGAGACGAAAACACUGGCGCCUAUGAGCACACAAGCCGAUGUCGAAACAGCAAGUCCGAGCAGCGGCCAGGUGUUUGAGCUAGGCGCGGCUGAACGAAUCGCUGCCAGACCCACUCUUACGAUGCUCAGUUCGGCCGAGCCCCGCUUCUCAGUAGGGAGGGGUCAGCUCGACGAGCCCCCUAUGUCGGCUUCUGACUUUGCCUUGUCGUACGGCGAGUUCGACGCGGUAACGCCGAUCGAAAACCAUGAAGUCGACCAGGACGAAGAGCCUUCCACCCGAACUUCGCAUGUGCGCUCUCCAGCAGUAGCCGAUGAGCCCAUAGCUAUGGAUCUUGCACCUUCCAGUCCGUCCCAACCCACUGCUGCGACACUACGUCUCGCAACCGUGGCGACUCCGACCGCGUCGUCGAAACGAACACCGACACGAUCCGAAUCCCCGAAGGAUGGGAUUCAGAACCCUGCCUCGCUUUAUUCCCAAUUGACGGACACGAUCGCUGACGCUGCCAAUCUUGAGCACGAUCUCUACCUCGUCGAAGUCGGGAGCGCCGCUGCCGGACCCACUCCCUCCGAGCGCGAGCCCUUCCGUUCAGCAUCAAGGCUCCAACUGAUCGAUCGACCAGGUUCGGUCGCCGGUUUAAGUGAUGUCAACAGCGCUCGUGCAUCCAGCCCUGGCUUCAGCAGCGAGGACGUAUUCCACGACGCUACCGCCGAGGACGGUAUGAUGAGCGAUGUGAGACGGAGAUCGACGGGCAGCGAUGUUUCAACUGUUCCCGCGCCUGCUUCCAUCACGCCCCUCGGUCUGGGCAGCGUCAAGCUCGAUGCCAAAGCUCGAGCAGCCGCUUUUGUGGCUGAUCUAAAACGUGCACGAACAGCGGCUUCGGGGUCCUCCAACGGUGACCCGCCCGUCCCAUCGUCCCCCUUAAUGGCCUCGCCGAUGACCACGCCCGUCAUGACAUCCGACUCACUUGGAAUCACGGUAUCCUCGACAUCGCCGACGACCUACGUGGAGCCGGAGUCGCCCCGUGAGGUCCUGAUUCUCGAAGGUCACAACGAUUCCGGACGUUCCCAAAGACUCGAUGCCAAACCGUCAAGUCCUGCUCGUGCCUCGCCUGCGAAUGGACCUCCCUCUUUCUCGACCGACACGCCCCGACCGCUGACUCCGCAAGUCUUUGUCGGCGAAGAGUCUUUGUCGUCUCAGUCCGCCCUUCCGCCUGCUCAACUUCUCGCACCUAAUUCGGGGGCCAUCUCCAUCUCUGAUCGAACGCCGCUCGCGCCUAGCACUACCGCGGGACUGCCUGCUCGUUAUGACUCACCACCCCUCGCCGCUCCGGAGCCGCCACCACCGUCCCCUCCUCGGCUCAUGCUAAGGCGCAGAAGGCUUUUGCCGCCCUCGCUGCAGAUCAUCAACGAUCUCCGGCGGACGAGAACGGCUGGUGAGCGUGCGAACCUGUACGCGAUGAAGAUCCGCGAGCUCAGGAAGGAGACGAGCGGGAUUGCGACAUGGGUCGGCUUCAUUCAGCAUGGAGUUCACGAGCGUCAGUCACAUCGGUUAUCUGCUACCGGUACUGGCCCCUCAGUUCACUGAAUAAACAUAUUCAUUCAAUAUAGGCAUGAGCGCCCAAACGGUCUCACAGCUACCUAGGCACUCUCGUGAUGAGGGGUCCUCAGCCAGCUUCCCUACUCGACCGGAUGCGACGUGCGCCAGGGAAUUGCCUCCGGGGUCUUUCACUCGUCAAGACCUCGUCCCGACGGUACCAUUCCCUGGAGUUUUGGGGGCUGUUCAUCACUCACCUUCUUCGAGUCUUCCAGGUAUGUCGUCCCCCCCAAGCUCAUCAAGUUCAACGGCACGGUUCUCCACAUCUCAACUUUUAUCGAGCACGAGUCUCUCGAUGCGACCUGCGAGUGCGAUAAAGGACAAGGCAUAUUUUUUCACCUCGUUAGGACGAAGGGGUUCGAGGCGGGAAUCGGCUUCUGCCGCCGUUCCAACUUCCUCUACUUCCGUAGCACCACCCCCGCGACGCUUGAGUGUAUCUGCUCCUUUCAACGCCGGCCCGACGACGACGACGACGACGACGGCUUUGACAAGCGCGGUUCCUUUCAGUUCGGUAAGGUCUGCGGGCGCGGUGGCCGGUCCGAGACCCAUUGGGGGAGCAAGUUCUCUCCAUCCUGGACCCAAUGGAGGGAUCACUACCAGCUCAGCCCCAAUCCCUGUCUCUGCCGCGAGUCCAGUACUAUCAAUUUCUUCCAACGUAGCGAGCAAGACCUCCCACGAGUCCUUGAAUGGCACGACAAACCGGACAUCCUUCAUCAACGUCGGUGGGCAGUCCGCUGUAUCGGAGGCAAUGAACGCUCGAACCGAAUUGCUCGGAGAAGAACGCGAAGAAGAGGACGACGAAGAGACGAAGGAAAAAAUCCAGAGAUUGGUCGACAUCUUGCCCUAUGCACGGCCCGAACAGAUCCGCAGUGCGUUGAGAAGGGCGAAUGGGGAUGAUGUCUUGGCGAUUAGUAUCUUCUUGAGUGAUGAUCAGGAGUGA